AUGUUCAACCUCAACACAAAGUCAUCAAAGGAACCCGAGGUCACAGAGGUGGCCGUGGACUCCACUCCCUCUUCUCCAGUCACACGAGAGUCCUCGCCAGAGUCCUCGCCUGAUAACUCGGCAGUGGACCUCGAAAAGGGCAAAAAGUCCAAGUUUGAAAUGCACGACCAGACCAACUUGCUUCCCCGAUCACAGCUCUUUCUUGUCUUUGGAGCCAUGGCCUUCUGUAUGCUGGUCUCCUUCAUGGACCAAAACGGUAUCUCUGUCGCCCUGCCUGACAUUGCCAAGGACCUCAAUGCUACCGACACCAUCUCGUGGGCUGGAACCUCGGGUCUCAUUGCUAACACCGUCUUCCAGGUGCUGUACGGACGUCUCUCUGAUAUUUUUGGCCGAAAGCUCGUCUUCAUGAUUGUUGUUUGCACCCUUGUCUGCGCUGAUAUUGGAUGUGCCUGUGCCCAGACCUCUACCCAACUUUACAUCUUCCGAGCCUUCUCUGGUAUCGCUAACGGAGGAAUGUCCUGCCUCACCAUGAUUGUCGUGUCUGAUAUCGUCACCCUCAAGGAAAGAGGCAAGUACCAGGGUAUUCUGGGAGCUUGUGUUGGUCUUGGUAACACAAUUGGUCCCUUCCUGGGAGCUGCUUUCACCGAGAAUGUGUCCUGGAGAGCUAUCUUCUACCUGCUGGCUCCCAUGGGUGGUCUCUGUGCUGUCGUCAUCUUCUUUAUCCUGCCCUCCAAGAAGCCCCAGGGCUCUGCUAUCCAGAAGGCCAAGGCCAUUGACUACCCCGGUCUCUUCUGCUCAUCUGUGGCCCUCGUGUUCCUCCUUGUCCCCAUUGCCGGUGGAGGAUCAUACUACGAGUGGGAUUCUCCCAUGGUCAUCUCCAUGCUGUGCAUCGGAGGUGUCUUCUUCAUUGCCUUCUUUGUCAUUGAGGGUUUCUUUGCCAAGCUUCCCAUGAUGCCUCUUCGAAUCUUCGGCACCAAGGCUCUCUUUGCCCUCAUGAUGCACUCUGUGCUACUCGGAAUCGCAUACUAUGGAGAUCUCUACUACCUACCAAUGUACAUGCGGAACAUCCGAGGCUGGUCUUCCAUGAAGGCUGCCGGCAUGUCCUGUGCUCUGGUGACCACCCAGGCUGUUACCACUGUCAUCUCUGGCCAAUACCUCUCUCGAAUGGGCCGAUACCUCGAGGUCAUCUAUUUUGGCUUUGGAAUCUGGACCGUUGGAGCCAUCAUGAAGUGCUUCUGGAAGCGAGACUCCAACAUGGCCUUGCUCAUCUUCUCUCUGCUGUUUGAAGGAGCUGGCGUCGGCUGCUGCUUCCAGCCUACUCUUGUUGCUGCCCAGGCUCUGUCCCGAAAGGAGGACAGAUCGGUUGUCAUUUCUUCUCGAAACUUCCUGCGAUCUUUCGGCGGUGCCGUUGGUCUUGCUGUCUGCUCUGCCAUCCUUGCCAACUCUCUCAAGGCCGAUCUUAAGACCAAGAACCUGCCUUCUGAGCUGUACGAGCUCAUUGUCAAGGCUCCCUUCUCUCUGCCCGACCUCUCCCAUUACCCCGAGUAUCGAGACCAGGUGCUAGACGCUUACAUGAAUGGCUCACACACUGUUUUUGUUUUCCUGUGCCCCAUUGUGGGCGCUUGUCUGCUGGUGACUGUGUUUGUCAAGGACCACGGUCUUCAGACCCAUGAAAAGAAGGCUGCGGAGGCCAAGACUGUCGAGGACAAGGACAAGGACGAGUCCGGCACCGACUGCGAGGACAUGACCAAGGGUGAAGUCCUUGUUUCUGAGAAGGAGGGCAAGCUUUCUCGAAACUCCUCGUCUCAGUCCAUGCACUUUGGAGACCACACUGCUGUCAACACUCCUGCUCCUACGGGAUAUAACACUCCGGUGGUGGGCACUCUGUGUCACAACUCGCCCAACUUCCCUCCCAUGGAUCACAAUGAUGUGAUCACGCCUCUGGAGGACUUUGACGAGUCUCCUCUCCCUCCUCACUCUCCUAACUCCAGCGGUAAGCGAGUCACUAUCCAAGAGGAGUAA